CUCUGGAUGCUCCACCCAUUGCCCCUCUCAUCCAAUAUUCAUGGCAGUUUCUCCACCUCUAAUGUCUCCAUCACCCAGAAACUCACCCUUCUUCUCUUCACCUCUCUGCAUCUACAGGCUACCCUAAACAUCGCCUCCCAUUACUUCACCACCCGUCUCCUCCUCCAAUUAUGGCGGCGGCAGAGCCCUCCAGCAGCCGGCGGAAUUCCAACACCCAGCUCUUACAAGAGCUAGAGACCCUCAGCCAAUCCCUUUACCAGGCACACACCACUAGAAGAACUGCAUCUCUUGUUCUUCCUCGAAACUCAGUCCCUCCUUUGUCAUCAGAUGAGGGAGCUGGCACCACGAGGAAUGACGAAAACAUCAAUCCGAAACCGCGGCAGAGGCGCAUGUCCUUGUCGCCGUGGCGUUCUAGGCCGAAGCUUGACGAUGAGAAGAAGCAAAGAGAAAGAGACAAGGAUGAACCUGCACCUCUUCAGAAAGGGUCGACGAAGUUGAAUGACAACCUAGCUUCUUCAGACAAGAAAGGGCUCUGGAAUUGGAAACCAAUUCGGGCUCUCUCGCAUAUUGGGAUGCAGAAGCUGAGCUGCUUGUUCUCUGUUGAAGUUGUAACCGUCCAAGGCCUCCCUGCUUCGAUGAACGGGCUCCGGCUUUCGGUGCGCGUUAGGAAGAAGGAAGCUAAGGAUGGAGCGGUUCAAACAAUGCCGUCAAGGGUGUCUCAGGGAGCCGCGGAUUUUGAAGAGACCAUGUUCAUUAGGUGCCAUGUUUAUUGCACACACGGGGGAGGGAAGCAGAAGCUUCAGUUUGAGCCUCGGCCAUUCCUGAUUUACGUUUUUGCAGUUGAUGCUGAAGAGCUUGAUUUUGGGAGAAGCGCUGUGGAUUUGAGCCUCUUGAUCCGGGAAUCCAUAGAGAAGAACUCGCAAGGGACGAGGGUUCGUCAGUGGGACAAGAGUUUCAACCUAUCGGGGAAGGCAAAGGGAGGAGAACUUGUUCUGAAACUAGGAUUUCAGCUCAUGGAAAAAGAUGGGGGCAUUGGAAUCUACAAUCAAGAUGGAGGACAUAAGUCGGGAAAAGGAAGACUCUUCUCGUCUUCUUCCACUGCCCGCAAGCACUCCAAGGCAUCCUUCAGCAUCCCCAGCCCAAGAAUGUCUAGUCGAGCAGAAGCAUGGACGCCUUCUCAGAUAGGAGCAGCUGCAGAUUUUCAUGGGAUGGAUGACCUGAAUCUCGAUGACCCGGCUCCUGUGCCUUCGACUUCGCCUUCUGUUCAGAAAUCAGAAGAAUUAGAACCAAAGAUAGAAGAUAUAGAACUCCCGGAAUUUGACAUCGUCGAUAAAGGAGUUGAGGUUCAAGAGAGAAGAGAUCAGGCGGAUGAAGCAUUAUCUGAAGAAAACUCUGAUAAAAGGUCAGUCUCAAGUGAGGUUGUCAAGGAAACUGUGCACGACCAAUUCCACCUGACGAGAUUGACCGAGCUUGAUUCCAUUGCUCAGCAGAUAAAAGCUCUUGAAUCUGUGAUGGCAGACCUGAAACCUGCCAAAACAGAAGAAGAACUUGCGUCAGAAAGAUUGGAUGCCGAGGAAGAAACAGUGACAAAGGAAUUUCUUCAAAUGCUUGAAGAUGAAGGGGCUUCCCAAUUUGAACAUUGUGAGCUCGAUAUUCCUUUGAAGCUAGAAGGAGCUGAAGACUCAAAGGAGGCAGAAACCAAGGUUUUCGUCCCAGACCUCGGAAAGGGCAUAGGAUGUGUGGUUCAAACUAGGGAUGGAGGCUACUUAGUUGCGAUGAAUCCUCUGGAUAUUCCAGUGGCAAGAAAAGAUACUCCCAAGCUUGCAAUGCAGAUAUCAAAACCAUGGGUUUUCCAAUCGAAUAAAUCAAUGAGUGGAUUGGAGUUAUUUCAGAAAAUGGCGUCAAUAGGACUCGAAGCACUUGGCACUAAAAUUAUAUCUUUGAUGCCCAUGGACGAACUCAUGGGCAAAACAGCAGAACAGAUAGCCUUCGAGGGUAUUGCUUCGGCAAUUAUCCAGGGGAGGAACAAAGAGGGCGCUAGCUCAAGCGCUGCCCGUACCAUUGCCGCAGUCAAAUCCAUGGCAAACGCAAUGAAUGCUGGCAGAAAAGAGCGGAUUUCAACAGGAAUUUGGAAUGUGAGUGAAGACCCAGUGACGGUGGAAGAGAUACUUGCUUUCUCAAUGCAGAAAAUAGAGGCCAUGGCAGUCGAAGCUCUAAAAAUCCAGGCAGAAAUGGCCGAAGAAAACGCACCCUUUGACAUUUCCCCAGUCACCGGGAAAGAUCAUAAAAACCAUCCACUGGCAGCUGCAGUUCCGCUAGAUGAUUGGAUAAAGAAUAGCAGCGGCAACACAACAUUCAACAGUGAAACUGGGGAGCCAGCAAGUAUCACAGUAUCAGUGGUGGUGCAGUUGAGAGAUCCUCUAAGACGAUACGAGGCAGUUGGAGGCCCUGUGAUAGCAUUUAUAAAGACAACGUAUAGCGACGAGUACGAGGAGGACAAGAGGUUUAAAGUUGCGAGUUUGCAUGUUGGAGGGUUGAAAGUAAAAAGUGGAGGAAGGAGGGAUGCGUAUAUGUGGGACAGUGAGAAGCAAAGGCUGACUGCCAUGCAGUGGCUGGUGGCAUAUUUUGGAUUGGGAAAGGCAGCUGGGAAGAAGGGAAAGCAGCACGCAGUGCCUAAGGGCCAGGAUAUACUGUGGAGCAUCUCCUCACGAGUAAUGGCUGACAUGUGGCUCAAGUCUAUGAGAAAUCCAGAUGUCAAAUUACCCAGCUAAUAAGGAGAGAGUUUGCACGCAUAUUUGUGUAGUUUUGCUUGCGCACAUACAUAUAUAUUAUAUUAUAUGAAGAAGUUUGUUACAUCAUUCUGGAAAGAAACAGACUGGAUAUAUCUUAAUAAAAGAUUCUGAGGGACGAUUUGGUA